GACACAGUUUUCCCUCAGCUCCUCGAGUCUCCAGAAUGAAGAUGAUUCAGGUCUUAGGACUUGUUCUCCUCUCCAUCUGUGUCUCCACGGGCACUGGGUGUUCUGUAAACGGUCGUUGGAAGAAUGAACUAGGCUCUAAUAUGACCAUAUUUCAAGUAUCUAAUGACGGAAGCUUUAACGGAACUUACCUGACUGCCGUGUCAGACGCAUCUCAGAACAUCAUACAAUCCCCUCUUGUGGGUUGGCAACAAUACUCUACGCAUCCCACAUUUGGAUUUACUGUGCAAUGGAAAUUUACAAAUACAACAACGGUCUUUACGGGUCAGUGUUUUGUGACCUCAACAGGAGAGAAAGUCCUGCAUACAACAUGGCUACUGAGGUCAAUUGCCAAUACAGAAGCAGACAACUGGGGGGCAACAAGAGUUGGUGUCAAUACGUUUACCCCGAUCAAAUAAAGAAGAGAAAAGGAAGAGGACUGUAUGAUUAUUCGUAUCUCUUUAGCUGUCUCUGCCAUCCGCGACACAAUUACAUGUAUCUGAUUUGCUGCAUGGCUUGCUUUUUCUGGUAUUUUACACAAUAAAGAAUCAUUCUGCAUGCAAA